AUGCACAAAUGCAUAUAGUUUUGAAAAGUUAACUGAGCAUAAUCAUCAAAAUGAAUAGUCAUUAUGUUUCAAAUGCAGGUUUUAUCUGAAGCAAUCAUGGAUAAAAAGGUUGGUGUGGCUAUUGGUAUUGACCUUGGAACAACAUAUUCUUGUGUGGGUGUAUGGAAGAAUGACCAAGUUGAGAUCAUAUCCAAUGAUCAAGGAAAUAGGACUACGCCAUCUUGUGUUGCUUUCACGGAUUUCGGUCGUCUAAUAGGUGAAGGUGCAAAGAACCAGAUUGCUAUGAACCCCACCAACACCAUUUAUGAUGCAAAAAGAAUGAUAGGAAGGAGAUUUAGUGAUACCAAACUUCAGGAGGACAUCAAGUUAUGGCCUUUCAAGGUCAUAAAUGGUACUCGUGACAUUCCGAAGAUCGUAGUUUCAUUCAAUGGUGAAGUGAAGGAGUUUUCUGCAGAGGAGAUUUCAUCCAUGAUUCUUAUUAAAUUGAAAGAAGCUGCAGAGAAGUUCCUUGGUAAAACUGUACAUGAUGCAGUCAUUACGGUACCAGCUUAUUUUGAUGAUUCCCAACGCCAAGCAACAAAGGACGCUGGUCAUGUUGCUGGACUUAAUGUUCUACAGAUAAUCAAUGAGCCAACCGCAGCAGCAAUCGCAUAUGGAUUAGAUAUGAGAAAUGACAUAGCUCGUCAAAUAAAUGUGCUCGUCUUUGAUUUGGGUGGUGGUACCUUCGAUGUCUCUCUUGUCACCAUUGAUAAUAAGGGUACGAUAACAGUUAAGGCUGUUGCUGGUGACACUCACUUAGGUGGUCAGGACUUUGAUAACACAAUGGUUGACUAUUUUGUGGAACAAUUUAAGAGAAAGCAUAGGAGAGACAUGAGUGAGAAUAAAAAAGCACUAUCUCAAUUGAGGGUAGCUUGUGAAAAAGCAAAAAGAGUUCUCUCUUCAAUUAUUGAUACUACUAUCGAUAUCGACAACUUGCAUGAUGGUAUUGAUUUUUCUAUGAGAAUAUCUCGUGCAAAGUUUGAAAUGCUUAAUGAAGACUUCUUUAGUAAGUGUAUAGAGAUGGUGGAGAAGUGUUUGUGUGAUGCAGAAAUGAAAAAAAACGACAUAGAUGAUGUAGUAUUAGUUGGUGGGUCAACCAGGAUACCCAAGGUACAACAAUUGUUGAAAGACUUCUUCCAAGGAAAAGAGCUUUCUAAGAAAAUUCAUGUUGAUGAGGCAGUUGCACAUGGUGCAACAGCUCUUGCUGGAAAAUUAACUGUUUGUUUUAGGGGAAAUGAUAAGAACUUAGUGUUAAGAGAUGUUGUGCCUCUUUCACUUGGUACAGAUCUGUAUGAUGGCUCAUUAUCUAUUUUAAUUAAAAGAAAUUCCCCAAUACCAGUCAGGAAUGAAGAAACUUAUGAGACUGUUAUGGACGACCAAAAGAUUAUAGAUUGCAAUGUCUAUCAGGGUGAGAGAAGUAGGGCUCAAGAGAAUAAUUGGCUAGGAAAAUUCCAAGUUGAAGUUCCACCUGCGCCAAAGGGUGAGUCAAAGGUAAGAGUGGUCUUUGCCGUUGAUGCUAACGGUAUUUUGAAUUGCUCAGGAGUAGAAUUAUCAACUGGCCGAAAAAGAGAGCUUAUAAUCACCAAUGACAAGCAGAGGCUUACGACAGAAGAUAUCAAAAAAAUGCUUGAUGAUGCUAUUAAAUACAAAUUACAAGACGAGGAGUACAAGAAGAAGGCUAAUAUACGUAAUGCAUUGGAGGCCUACAUUUAUGAUGUCAAAAGAAAAAUCAAGAGAAUAGAAAACUAUACUAAGAUGCUUCAUAAGAAAGAAUUGGAAAUAAUGGAAAUCGCCAUAGAAAAAGCAAAUGAAAUUCUUAAUGAAGGCCAACUUGAUUUGGAUGGGUAUGAAAAUGAGCUAGAUCAUUUGAAAAUGGUAUGUCCGCCAUUCAUUUCCAAACAUAUUUAGACAACAUUUUCUUAAUCAUGAUGGAGAAUUGGUUUGAGUGUCAUCUACUAUAAAGUAUGUGCUAUUGUUUGUAGUUUUCAAUAAUAAUUUACAUUUGAGUGUUUUUUGGAUUUUGUAUGCGAGUGAAGAAUCAAUUGAUUUCAAUAAUAUUUCUA